CAGCCUCAGCCAAGGCAAGCCAACCUGAGUUCGAGUGGAACAUUACAGCCUCGGGAGCGGGAGCAACUAGGCUCCCGCAGGCUCCCAGCUCCCAAUUCCCACUCCCUGCCUCGUACAGCGCGAGCGCCACCACCUAUCAGUUUUCAGGACUGAAAGAGGGGGCCCAGGACCAUGGAAGCCGCAAGAGUCCUGGCUUCCAAAUGUGCCAAGGACGCCUGAGAUGCCAGGCCUCUAGUGGGGAGAGUCUGCUCGCCUCUUAGCUACAUUUCUGAUUUACUUUCGUCUUUCUUAGCCCAGGAAAAUAACCACGGAGAUACUAGGUACUACCACGAAAUGAUUCUAUUUGUUCCCGCAAUUUACUCUCCCGGAUGUCUAAGUGAGACCCUAAUAGCUCUGUCCACGGAUCCCAGCUUCCAAGAAGCCUCGGAAGCUGUAGGGUAUCAGGGCCCACUCUCUGGGUUCACCAAGAACCCUGCUACCUGGAGCCCGGCUGGCCGGAGGAGCCGGACCAGGGGUGAAGAUAUUCCAGGCUGGAUAAAAUAAUCAAAUCAGAUAGCAAACGAACGACAGGAAAAACGUAUUUAUACGAAAGAAAAAUCGACUCUGGUUAUAUGAGUGUAUGGAAUUUGACCUCGCCUCGGAGAAACACUACACACACAAAAAGCUGUCUUUAAUAGAUGCCUGUCGUUUAAAAGCGGCAGGGACAUUGUUUUUCAUGCGCUCACAAAAACAGAGCCGUAAUUGUGGCUGCUGCUGUGGGCAGGAUUUAUUUCUUCAAUUGGGUAAAUCGUCUUCCCUUCCCCGAAGGUGAUAUCUGUGUUUUCAAAAUUCACAGCUGCUGGCCGGCCGGGCAAACCAACCCCAACCUCUAUACAAAAAUAAGAGGGGCUACAAAGCCGGGGAAGUAAAGUUGUUGUAAAUAAUUCUAAGUCACCACCUCCCCCUAAUCCUCUGUAUCCUCGCCGGGCGUGCGAUCGGCAGCUGACGGCCUCACAAUUGGUACAUCCUAAUGGAACUGCGAGGGAAAUGCAAUAAUUUUGCCAUAAUGGGCUGUAACCUCAAUUCGACCCCGGCCCUUGUAGCCCGAGGUCGGAAGCGAAGCGAUGCGCCCUGUCUCCAGCGGGUGGCGCUCGAGUCCGACUGAACGGCGGCGAAGGGUGGCGGGCACGCGCCCAGGGCGCGCGCGCCACCCCUCUCGCCUCCACCCAACUUCCCCAUUAGUGCACGAGUUUACCUCUAGAGGUCAUCAGGCAGGAUUUACGACUGGACAACAAAAGCACGUGAUUCGAAGUCGUACCCCAUAUUUGGGUGCCUACGUAGGAGGGAACCGAGUACAUGCCUCAGUCAUUUCCAUAAUUCAUCAUAAAUUGUGCAAGGGUGCUAUAGACGCACAAACGACCGCGAGCCACAAAUCAAGCACACAUAUCAAAAAACAAAUGAGCUCUUAUUUUGUAAACUCAUUUUGCGGUCGCUAUCCAAAUGGCCCGGACUACCAGUUGCAUAAUUAUGGAGAUCAUAGUUCCGUGAGCGAACAAUUCAGGGACUCGGCGAGCAUGCACUCCGGCAGGUACGGCUACGGCUACAAUGGCAUGGAUCUCAGCGUCGGCCGUUCGGGCUCCGGCCACUUUGGCUCCGGCGAGCGCGCCCGCAGCUACGCGGCAGGGGCGAGUGCGGCGCCCGCCGAGCCCAGGUACAGCCAGACGGCCACGUCCACGCACUCGCCACCGCCCGACCCUCUGCCCUGCUCGGCGGUGGCCCCCUCGCCGGGCAGCGACAGCCAUCACAGCGGGAAAAACUCCCUGGGCAACUCCAGCGGCGCCUCGGCCAACGCCGGCAGCACCCACAUCAGCAGCAGAGAAGGGGUUGGCACGGCGUCCGCAGCCGAGGAGGACGCCCCUGCCAGCAGCGAGCAGGCGAGCGCCCAGAGCGAGCCGAGCCCGGCGCCGCCCGCUCAGCCCCAGAUCUACCCCUGGAUGCGCAAGCUGCACAUUAGUCACGACAACAUAGGUGGCCCAGAAGGCAAAAGGGCCCGGACGGCCUACACGCGCUACCAGACCCUGGAGCUGGAGAAAGAAUUCCACUUCAACCGCUACCUGACCCGCCGAAGAAGGAUUGAAAUAGCACAUGCUCUUUGCCUCUCCGAGAGACAAAUUAAAAUCUGGUUCCAAAACCGGAGAAUGAAGUGGAAAAAAGAUAAUAAGUUGAAAAGCAUGAGCAUGGCAGCGGCGGGCGGGGCCUUCCGCCCUUGAGUCUGUGAGCGGUUAAAGUACUGAGCAGUAUUAGCGGAGCUCUCCGUAGUGUCUGUACUAAGGUGACUUUCUGAAACCCCCCUUGUGUUCCUUCUGUGAAGAAGCCCUGUUCUCGUUGCCCCAAUUCAUCUUUUAAUCAUGAGCCUGUUUAUUGCCAUUAUAGCGCCUGUAUAAAGUAGAUCUGCUCCUGUUCAUCUCUUUGUCCUGAAUGGCUUUGUCUUGAAAAAAAAAAUAGAUGUUUUAACUUAUUUAUAUGAAGCAAGCUGUGUUACUUGAAGUAACUAAAACAAAACAAAAAAAAAAAAACAAAAAAC